AUGGUGGAUUUUACUUAUAGUUCAAAUAAUGCAAGAUCUCUACUUGAUUUGUGCAACGAAUUAAUUGCUAUUAGGCCUAGAUAUACUGACAGAGAUGAAUUUGCCGUAACAGUCAUUCAACAAAUUUUUGCCGAUCCUUUAUUAGAUUUAUUGGUAAUCAAGCCUAGGGCUGAUACUGUUCAUGCUGAUGCUUUAAAUCGUUUAAAUGCUCUUGUUGGAUUUGAAUCUACUGUUUUUAUGUCAAUUUAUUCAAAUGAUACUCUUUUUAAUGAAUUUAUUGAUACAUUUUGUCGUCAUUGUAUACGUUCAACAGCAAAUAAUUAUGAUGCUUCGGAAAGUAUUUUUAUGUGGCUUUUGAAGCAAUAUUUACAAUAUUUAUUACCAAUUGAUGAACAACGUUUAGCACAACUUAAAAGUGGAAAUUGGUUUUCUGGUGGAGGUUUAUCAGCGUCUUCUUCAUCUUCUUCUCUUUCACAAAUGCCUACAUCUCCCGUGACUUCUCCACGUCGUUUACUUCGACCGGAAGUUUUGGCUGCCUCUUCGCCUUUAGAACAUAUUCCUUUGCGUUCUGGGUCUAUUCGAACUCUUUACCCGCGAAUGUUACAAUUUGUUGUUGGUAUUGUUAAUCAAUUGGCUUCUCUUUCAAAUUGGCCCAGCGUUGCACAAUUCCAAGUUCUUCGUAAUGUCCUCAAUCAUUACAAUGAGUUUAUUUUGAGUGAAACGGAAGAUGCAGAAUUUGGUUCUCUCAAACUUCUUUUGCUCAGAAAACCUUUAUUUAAUGCUUUAUUACACAAUUUUCUGGAAAGAUUAUUAAAAAAUUGGCCACUUGGCGAUAGUUAUUGUUUACUUAUAGAUAUCUGGCUUGUCCUCGUCUCUCCAAAUCUGACAUUUACACAUCGCCAAAAACAAAAUGGAACUCUAAUGGAAAUGAAAUGUUCUGAUGAGAAACGCCGUCUCUUUUCUGAAUCAUCAGUUAAUUAUUUUGUUGAAUUAAUUGAAGUACAAAUACGUCGACUUUUGGAUUCUGGCUGUGCACAGAUUAUUGAAACUCCUGUUUUGGAUUUUCUCAAAACUGAGGUUUUUCAAAAUGAACCGCUCAUUGGAGUAUUUGAACAACAUGACCUACCUACUUUGGAGUAUCUACGAGCUAUUGUGGUUAAACUUGUUCGUUAUCGUGAUGAAUACCAGAAUAAAUGUAAAAAGGUUUGUGAUUUUUUAAAUUCAUUAUUUAAGAAUCUGGGACAAAAUGUCGAAUUCCUCUAAAUUCCCAUGAAACGAGAAUUUAAAUUUUUUGAUCAUUUUGUUCGCCUUAUAUCUGAGAUUGCAAAUUUAGUUUUGGAUACCUAAAUUUUAUAUUUUUAUACAAUUUUUAUUUUUUUUCCUAAAAAUAGAUUCAAAAACACCAAUCAAGCACAUUUUGGCCACUUUUCUUUCGUUGGAUAUUCAAUAUCGCAGAAACUC